AUGAGCAGGUGCGUAAGAGCCGCUGACGUGUGCACUGUGACUGCCUCCAGCGUCAUCGAUUUCUCCAGCAGAGUCCACUCUGUCCCUGAUCGCUGCGUAUACAGUCUGAUGAAGCCUCAAGGAAGCUCAGACUUCAACCUACUGGCGGGUUUCCGUGAGCGACGCCGCCAAGAUGUGGCGUUUUUGGACCACUUGAUACUGUCGCUGAAUGGGUCAAGUGUCAAAAUCUAUCUGGAGCAAGCCAGUGUUUCCCUCAUGUUGCCUAUCUGCUGUGAUGUAGGAUGGUCAACAAACGCUAACGCUCAACGCCACGGGUCAGGUGGUUCACGGGGUGGAGCUCUCGAAGAACCAGACUGGAGUUACUGCCAAGAUUCCUUCCAUCAACGCCACAGUCUUUUUGAUGGCAACACUGCACAUGUGACAGGACAUUUUGGAGCUAUGGAGGGCUUGUGUGGCAACCCCGCUGAUUCCAGUCAGAACUUCACCCUGAGUGCAGCCAAGUCCUCUAAUGACAGUGCAGCCAGCUGCGAGACUCUGCACAACCAAACCGCUGACAGCUCGAUCAACUGCACCCGCACAACUGAAUACUGCAAUCUCAUAAAGCAGGCCCCCUUCACUGUUUGCCACAACCACUCUGACCCCGAGCCCUUCGUAACCGCCUGCACAAACACUCUGUGCAAAUAUCCAGCGGUGGACGGCCUCAACAAGUGCCAGUUUUUGGAGGCUUACGCCGAGUCCUGCCGCCUGAAAGUGACCAUCACAGUGGAGAACUGGAGGUCAAACGCCAACUGCUCUGCUGUCCCUCAGGCCUCCUGUCAGGAUCAGGACUGCAGUGCUCAUGAGUUCUGCGGUGAGAAGCUCGGUUCAACCAGCUGCCUCUGUCGGGCCAUUUUCGCUGCCAAGUACAACUCAACAAACUCUUUAGGCGAGCCGACAGUCUGCACGCAGAACUCUGCCACUCUCACUCUGGCUGGUUGUCUGCUGACGGACAAAGGCAUCGACUACUCUGCCUUACACCUCAAGGACCAGAACUGCACAGGUCACCUAGAUAGCGAGACCCACAUGGUGACUUUCAGCUAUAACAGCAGCAACGCCUGCGGGGCGGAGGUUAUGAAAAACAACAGCCAAGUCAUCUUCAAGAACACCGUCAUGAUGGCGAACGCCUCCGGCAUCAUCACCCGCAACGACCAGGUAGCGAUCGACUUCUCCUGCCCCUACGCCGUGCCAGAAAUCAAGAGUCUGUCCUUCAAGAUCAAAGACAGCUCUGUGGUGAAGCAGAUUGUAUCUGGAGUUUGGAAUUACACUGUGACGAUGAAUGCCUACAACGACUCCGACCACAUGAACCUCGUCAACGCAAACACUGAGGUCGGGCUGAACCAGAAGAUCUGGGUGGAGCUGAAGACGGAUGGGCUGGACAACAACAUGGUCACCGUGGUCACCGACUCCUGCUGGGCAUCCAACGACUCCUCACCCAAUGGGACCCUGCGAUACGACCUUGUCAAAAACGGAUGCCCAAAUGCCGCUGACAAGACGGUGAUGAUACAGGGAAACGGAGUGGGAACAUCCAACAGUGUCUCUUUCAACAUGUUCAAGUUCUCUGGGAAAACCAGCGACAUCUACCUGCACUGCAAACUGGAGCUGUGCCUCACACAGAACAAAACCUGCACUCCGAGCUGUGGAGGUGGCAGGAAGCGCAGAUCUCUCAGGUCCAAAUAUGCCGAUGGAAACCCAGCCCUCAUCUCUAUGACCUGGACUAAAUGAUUCCUGACUCAACCUUCAUCCCAAUGAGGAGCCUGAAAGCUUGCUGGUUAUGAAACAAUGUUUGAGGUUCUUUAUUUCCCAGUAGCUGCACUAAGGUAGCAGCUACUCUUCAUAUAAAACAAGACAUAUAACAUUAUAUAGAACGUGUUUCGGACAGGAUAGUUGUUCACGUUGGUUAAUUAAGGUUGGGGUUUUUGUUCAUGUGUUGUUACUGUUGCUGUGAAAUAUGAUAUAAUUAUCAUAACACUGAUCUUCAUUGGAUCCACCUGUGAAGGAUCAUGUUAUUUCUGCAGAAUUGGUGCUGAUUCAAUCCAAUGAUUCAGGCCAAUUAAUAAUGAGAGUGGAACAAAAUCUUUGGUGAAAUAAUAAUAAUAGAAGUGAAGUGUGCAAUGAGGAAAAAUACCGUAAAACUUUGAUUAAAAGCAGGGUCCCAAUUCGACACACCAUGUUAAAAAGGAGUUUAUACAGAGUAAAGUGCUUUUUUAUAUUACAGACUGUAAAUUACACAGAAAACCACAAAUAUACCAUAUCUCACUACGAUCAUACGGUAUUUUCAUGUGGCAAAACUGUUGCUUUUGAUGGUCAAAACUGGUGUGACUGUAAAACCAACAGUACUAAACUCCUUUUACCGUAAUUAUAUAAAAACUCUACUGUGUUUAUUUACAGUGUAGAGGCCUGUCCCGUUUAAAGGCCUGUCUCGUUUAAAGGCCUGUCCCAUAUAGAAGCCUGCCCGUUUAAAGGCCUGUCCCAUAUAGAAGCCCGUCCCGUUUAAAGGCCUGUCCCGUUUAAAGGCCUGUCCAAUAUAGAAGCCUGUCCCAUAUAAAGACCUGUCCCGUUUCAAGGCCUGUCCCAUAUAAAGGCCUGUCCCAAAUAGAAGCCUGUCCCGUAUAAAGGCCUGUCCCGUUUAAAGGCCUGUCCAAUAUAGAAGCCUGUCCCGUAUAAAGACCUGUCCCAUUUAAAGGCCUGUCCCAUAAAGAAGUCUGUCCCGGAUAAAGGCCUGUCCCAUUUAAAGGCCUGUCCAAUAUAGAAGCCUGUCCCGUUAAAGACCACCCGUUUAAAGGCCUGUCUCGUUUAAAGGCCAGUCUCGUUUAAAGAUCUGUCCCAAAUAAAGGCCGGGCUAUUUAUUGAAGUUUUACGGUAAUGGAGGUUUACAGGGUUUUAUUUACUCCAUGCACUACUUCCUGGUACUGUGGGCUCUUUUAUAAAACAUAUAUAAUUUCUUCUUUACUAUGAUGUUAGACGUGCUGUUGUACUAUUACUAUUAGCAUAUUAAAACCCAAAGAAAUGUAAUAAAAGGAGUGGGAGAAAGCAAA